UCGACUGGUCCACACGAAGACGAACGCAACGCACCAAGGACCGCAGGCCAUCAGCAGGUUUUCCAACUUUUCUCCCCAGCCUGCUCCCAUGCCAUCGCGCUCGCUCCACGUCGCCGUCAUCGGCGCGGGCGCCGCCGGCCUGGUGGCGGCUCGCGAGCUGCGGCGCGAGGGCCACGACCCCGUCGUCUUCGAGCGCGGCACCGGCGUGGGCGGCAACUGGCUCUACCAUCCGGCCGCCUCGGCGGACCCGCUCGGCGCCGGCGGCGUCCAGUCCAGCCUGUACGCGUCCCUCCGUAUCAACCUUCCCCGUGAGUGCAUGGGCUUCCUCGACUUCCCCUUCGUCGCCGACGCCGGGGCCAUGAGCUCCUACUCCGACGACCCGCGCCGGUUCCCGGGGCACGAGGAGGUGCUCCGGUACCUGCAGGAGUUCGCGCGGCGGUUCGAUCUCCUCGGGCUGAUCCGGCUCCAGACCGAGGUGGUCAGCGUCCGCAGGGACGACGCGAGCGCGGGCUGGAAGUUGUCGUACCGCUCGUCGAGGAAGCUCCCCGGAGGAGGCGGCGAAGAAGUAGAGGAAGAGGUGUUCGACGCCGUCGUUGUCUGCAACGGCCACUCGGACGAGCCGCGCCUCGCUGACAUCGCAGGUAUCGAGGGUUGGCCUGGGAAGCAGAUGCACAGCCGCAACUACCGUGUGCCCGACCCAUUCCACGGCCAAGUUGUGGUGAUAGUAGGAUAUGCGCCAAGUGGACUCGACAUUUCCAGGGACAUUGUUGGUGUCGCCAAAGAGGUCCAUGUAGCGCACCGGUCGCCCGCUACCUCUGAAACGCAGAGCACUGCCCAUGCCAACUUGUGGCUUCAUCCCAUGAUCCAGCGUGCAGAGGAAGAUGGCAGUGUGGUGUUCCAAGACGGCGGCCGGCACUACGGGAAAACACUACGUUGCCGUGCGACCAAUCGCACGACAUUGCCGUGCGCCUGA